CAAGGCGCACACUUGAGGGGCAGCAGCCGGGCUACUACCCGCGUCACCGCCAUGAUCCCCCCUGCGGACUCUCUGCUCAAGUAUGACACCCCGGUGCUGGUGAGCCGGAAUACGGAAAAGCGGAGCCCCAAAGCACGGCCACUGAAAGUCAGCCCCCAGCAGCCUGGACCCUCCGGUCCAGUCCCACAGCCACCAAAGACCAAGCUCCCCUCAACUUCUGUCCCAGAUCCUACAAAGCAGGCAGAAGAAAUCUUAAAUGCCAUCCUACCCCCAAGGGAGUGGGUGGAGGACACCCUGCUGUGGAUCCAGCAGGUGUCCAGCACCCCCAGCACCAGGAUGGAUGUGGUGCAUCUCCAGGAGCAGCUGGACCUGAAGCUGCAGCAGCGGCAGGCCAGGGAGACCGGCAUCUGCCCCGUGCGCAGGGAGCUCUACUCACAGUGCUUCGAUGAGCUGAUCCGAGAGGUGACCAUCAACUGUGCGGAGAGGGGGCUGCUGUUGCUUCGAGUCCGGGACGAGAUCCGCAUGACCAUUGCCGCCUACCAGACCUUGUAUGAGAGCAGUGUGGCCUUUGGCAUGAGGAAGGCGCUGCAGGCUGAACAGGGGAAGUCAGACAUGGAGAGGAAAAUUGCAGAAUUGGAAGCAGAAAAGAAAGAUUUGGAGAGGCAAGUGAACGAGCAGAAAGCCAAGUGUGAGGCCAUCGAGAAGCGGGAGGUUGAGAGGAGACUGGUAGAGGAGAAGAAGCACAAUGAGGAGAUUCAGUUCCUCAAGCGGACGAACCAGCAGCUAAAGGCCCAACUGGAAGGCAUUAUUGCACCAAAAAAGUGAUCAUUUCCACAUGGGUCUCGGCGAGCACUGCUACCCCAUCCUAAAAGCGUUGUAAUAAAAAAAGCUAGUUUCCUGAGUGAACAGGCCAUACCCUCCCCCGAACCCCCAUCUACAUGUUUGUCAGAAGUCACACGUUGCCCCAGUGGCAUGAAUACAGGUCUGGCAGCCAGGCUCCUGGCUGGGCUGUAGAAGGCAGUGCAGCCAACGGUCUCUGUACGUGGCCAGCCUUGGGAUUUGCCAACUCAGAAAGUAAGGCCUUUUGCCAUAUCCCUUGCAGGUGAAACAACUGCCUUCCCACCACUGCUCCCUCCUCCCAACUACUCCUAGCCAAAUGGGCCGCCUCCCUGUCCUAUCUCUGGUCCGUGAUGCAUCUUGUACCUGACCUUGGGCUGCUGUGGCCUCGGUCUUUCCCUUGAGGUCUUUCACCAUCCCCACCCUAGUGCAGUUGUAGUGACUGCUGCAGGAGCUGUGCUUUUAUAUGAGGUCAUUUUACGCCUGCCCAACAUGCCCACCACAGCCUCUUCCCUAGUCUCAGGCUGCCCAGGUGAGGCAAUGGCAGAGUCAAAGCCAUGGC